AUGACGAGACCAACUUCUCAAUUGUUCCAACAGGUGCGCAUCAGGCCAGAGGCUGAGAGUCAUCAGUCUGUUCAAGAGUGUCCCAUCGAAGGAAGUACCUAUGUCCAAGAGCAAGCAAAGUUUGAAAGCAGCUUACUGCAGAGAUGUCCUAGUCAUAAAUGGCCUGGGCAAACCUACCAGAAAGCGUGUCCCCGGCCGAUUCUAAUCAACAAUAAGCACCAAAAACAGCUAGAAGGCUUGCAUCAGGCAUUAGUUCUAGCAAUCACGGAUAUUGUCGAGAGAUGGUGGACCGACCAAGAUGCGCACUUUCCUGAUCGUAUGCCACUCGAACCACGAGAAGAACACCUUUUACGCUGGAUGGAAGCUCAAAUUGCUGACAAUAAAAUCCCGUUAUACCGCGACCGUCGGGGUUCGUGGAGACCAGACUUCCUUGUUGAGGAUGUGAUUGACGAGAAUGGUAUGACCGUGGAAAAUUAUCGCAUUACGGAAAUCAAUGCGCGCUUCUCCUUCAAUGGUUUUAUUCUGUCAGCUAUCGCAUAUGAAAGCUUGCAAGAUAUGGGUAUUGGAAGAAAUGGAUUGAGGUAUGCGGCAGAUCCAACAAAGAUACUUGAUGGGAUCACCAGUCUAUUUCAGACAGGAGUUCCAUUGCAUCUUCUCAAGGGCAAAGAAUUAGGGAUGGAUAUUAAUAUGUUCCUUCAUGUUGUUCAACAGCGGCUCGGCCUCAAACCCAGGAUCAUCACCCCAGCACAGCUCAGGCUUUUCCCUCUCGCUGAUGGUAGUGGAUACAAGCUUUGCUGUCUGUUGGGAAAGAAUGAAGAGCCCUCACCUUUGGCCUGGCGGACCGAUGUGGGCGAAGUCGUGGAAGAAAUUUACCAAGUCGGCCUUGAGUUACAUCAAUCGGAGCUACUACUCCUAGAGCCGGAAAUGUUGUGUCAAAUCAGUCUUCGUUGUUUCAAUGAUUUCAGAUCAAUCUUUCUUACACAUGACAAACGAAUGCUCGGUAUAUUGAAGCAGGAAUUAAGUUCUCUGGUUUCACGCAGUGUAAUAACCCAGACCCAGGCACAGAUUCUUGAUCAAGGGAUUGCGGAUACAUUCCUUCCCGGAUCAAAAGAACUAGAACGAAUCUUUUGUCUCGCACAAGAAUUUCCGAGCCUUCGGACAGAUUUUAUCUUGAAGCCCAUUCGUAGUGGCAAAGGAGCAGGAAUCGUGUUUGGUGAAGAAUUUACACCUGAAGAAUGGGUUUCUGCACUGCAGCUUCUAAGAAGCAGUCAGAUUGUCUCUGGAGUUACCUGUGUAGUACAGCGUCGCAUCAACCCAAGACUGUAUAACCUUGCUUUAGAAUCAUCUGGCACUUUUGUUCAGCAUCCCCUUGUCGGAACAUAUUUUGUCAUACACGGAAAAUUGCUCGGUUUCGGGAUAUGGCGGAGCAGUCCUGAUAAAGUCUGUGCUAUUAGUACUGGAGGAUCUUGGAUUAGCUCAGUUAUUUCUCAAGAUGACAUUUAG